AUGCCAAACCCUCCAUCAAACUUCGUAAAGGAAACACUUGAGAGAGGGAUGUUUGUGACCUGGUGCCCUCAGGUACAUGUGCUCUCUCACCCUGCGGUAGGCUGCAUAGUGACGCACUGUGGGGAAAAUUCCCUUAUGGAGGCCAUAGUGUUUGGAGUUCCAAUGGUGGCAAUACCUAGAUUCGCUGAUCAAAUACCAAAUGCACAUUUUGUGGAGAAGGCGUGGAAAGUGGGUGUGAAUCCGAGGAAGAACGAAGAAGGGGUGUGCAGUAAGGAAGAAAUAGAGAGAUGUUUAAGGGAGUUGAUGCACGAGGAGAAAGGGAAGGAUAUAAAGAAGAAUCUGAUGCAGCUAAAGAAGGAUGCCAAAGAGGCCGUGAGCGAAGGAGGAAGUUCUGAUAAGCACACUAAGGAAUUCAUCUCAAGGCUUGUACGGCCUACUUGGAGGAAAGAAGUGAAGAGAAUGGGCGAGCAUGAAGGGAGAGCACAUGUGCUGAUGUUGGGCUUUCCAGGGUAUGGUCAUAUAACUCCAUUGAUCCAAUUUGCGAGGCGUUUGGCAUGCAGAGGCAUCAAAGUCACCUUUGCAUGCUCACUCUCUGCAACACAAUCCAUUCAAACUGGGAAUCACUUGAUCUCUCUCUUACCCACCUACGAUGAUAUCACACAGGCUGGCCUCAGAGGUCCGGGCGGGCUUUUCGGCUUUCUUGAAAUGUUCAAGGAGAGAACCACUAAGAUCUUACUAGAUUUCAUCAACAAGAGCCUGCAGGACUGUGAUGAGAGGACAAAGGUCAAGUGCUUAGUUUAUGAUUCUGAUCUUCAUUGGGCAUUGGAUAUUGCAAAGCAGACGGGUCUUCUCAGUGCCACGUUUCUUGCUCAAACAUUGGGUUCUACUGUAGCUUAUUACAUGCUAAAUCUGAAGGUGCACGGUGACAAGCUGAAAGUGCCGGCUUUGGACAUACCGGAUUUCUCAGACACUGGAGUUUCACAUGUAGUAGAUGGUCCGGGGUUAGAUAAGAUUUCCCCAGUUCUGAGAGUUGUAUUAAGCAAGUUUGAUAACUUCGGCAAAGCGGAUUUGUAUUUUUGUCACACUUUUGAUAGGAUGGAACACGGGGCAUUGGAAUGGAUGAAGAACAUUUGCCCCACCAUCGCAACAGUAGGUCCAAUGGUACCAUCAAUUUAUCUAGACAAGACAAUGGAAGACAACAGAGACUAUGGUUUCAACAUGAACAAACAAGACAGCAAUACGUGUCUGGAAUGGCUCAACACUAAAGAACCGAACUCUGUCGUUUAUGUUGCAUUCGGGAGCAUGACUGACAUAAACACACAGCAGAUGAAGGAAAUGGCGACGGCACUGAAGAACUUGAGAUGCAAUUUCCUAUGGGUGAUGAAGAAAACUGAAAUGCCAAACCUCCCAUUAAACUUUAUAGAGGAAACGGCAGAGAAGGGGAUGUUUGUGACAUGGUGCCCUCAGGUGCAGGUGUUGUCUCACCCUGCGGUAGGCUACACGGUGACGCAUUGUGGGGCAAAUUCCCUUAUGGAGGCCAUGGUGUUUGAAGUUCCAAUGGUGGGAGUGCCCAAGUUCGUUGAUCAAAUACCAAAUGCGUAUUUUGUGGAGAAGGUGUGGAAAGUGGGUGUGAAUCCGAGGAAGAACGAAGAAGGGGUGUGCAGUAAGGAAGAAAUAGAGAGAUGUUUGAGGGAAUUGAUGUAUGAAGAGAAAGGGAAGGAUAUAAAGAAGAAUCUGAUGCAGCUGAAGAAGGAUGCCAAAGAGGCCGUGAGCGAAGGAGGAAGUUCUGAUAAGCACAUCCAAGAAUUCAUCGCUAGGCUUGUGCAUGGGCCUCCUCAUUCCGUGGAACAAGCAGUUCAAGUCUAG